GUUUUCCAGAUUCCUCCGAAACGCGGUCAGGGAUUUGAAGUAGUUGGUGCUGUGAUGGAUUCUUUGUUGUAGAAUUUUAGUUUCUUUGUUAUAGAUCAAAGAGGCGACUUCCCUUCGAAUUCAGCGGAUUGAUGUUGGAUAAGAUGUUUAUUUCCGGCCUCAUGACAGCGAUGCCAAGGACAGUCUAUUUAGCGCGUCUUGAAGGAAAAUCUAGAUGAGGGAAGUUCGGGUUUUAAGGUAAUGUAUGGCGAUGUUUCGUUGUGUUGUGUCAUUAUAUUGUAUCAUUAUAUUCAGUGUUGGCAAUUGUUCAAAAGACAUUGUAUAGCAUAUUUUUUCUCGUAAUUAUAUGGCUUAAGUUCGACCCAAAUCCAGUUGAAACUUGCUGGGAUUGCCAUGACUGGCCUCGAACCCCGUCCAUGAGAUCUUGCAGACUGGUGAUUUAUCUAUUAAAGAGGCAGUCAUCCAUGUUCAGUCUUAUAUGCCUGGCAGAGAUUAGUUGUCCUGCGCCAGAGCACCUAACACACAAGCCACAGCAAUUGCAUAGGUCAGUGUGAAGUGUCUAUAACCUUUACAAAGGUACUUGGCCCAACUCUUUGGAAAUCGUCACUGAAUGUUUUCAGAGAAUAAUUACAAGGGAAUGAAAUGACAUUUUAUAUCAAGCCACCACAAGGCACAGUUUCUCUCUACAAGCUCUAUGAAGAAGCUGAAGUCCGACUGCAGUAUCUAGUUCAGAUCAACCAGCACUGGGGCGAUGCAACUAAAAUCAGCCGGAUCCUCACUGACAACCCAAGUAUAGCAUCAAAGUCGGAGUGUCUCAUUGAGGGAUCACACAAGGAUCAGAUCUCACACUUCAUUUUAAGAUUUGCUUGUAUUAAGAGCAGGCAGCUUCAAGAUUUUUUCAUUGAAGCAGAAACCCAACUGUUUGAAUAUCGGCUAAAAUGUGGUGGCACUGAAACACUUGUCUGCUGUCUAAGUGUACUAAAGCGACACACACAGCAUUCUUUGAAGCACCAGAAAUUGUCUUUAUCUCAUGAAAGAUGGUUGCAGGAACUGCUUAGAAUUACAAGGCAGAUUAUUACCUCAGGAAUGAUACUUUGCAGUGAAAGACAGAACUGCAGCCACUGGCUUAGAGUUCCUUGGACAGUGGUGCCCAUUAUGGUGAAGAAUCACAUGGUAGAUAUUAUGAAGGGAGAAGCAGAGAUUAAAUGUCAGCAUUUAUUGCCUCUCCUGUGCUCUGUUUUUCAAGGAACUUUGGAAUUUGGAAUAAAACAGCUGUCUCUCUUUGGGGGUGAUUUAUUUGAUGAUAAAAGGCUAGAGUCAGUUAGGAGGAGUCUCUAUAAAAUAUACAGAAAAAUACAGAGUAAUGGUUUAACACUUCAAAAACUUACUCUUACUCACAGGGACAUUGAAACAGAGGCCCAUUUCUUUCCCCUUUGCAUGCAACAACUACACAGCAUUUUAAAAAGAAACAAUCGCUUGAGACACCAUGAAAGAUUUAAGUACACCCUCUUUUUGAAAGAUAUAGGUUUGCCACUAACAGAGAAUAUAUGCUUUUGGGAAGAUUUUUACUCAAAGCCUCACUGUACGUCUGCAAGUGGCUGCACUCAUUCUUGGGCUGGAAAUGACCGAAAACGCUACGUGUAUAGUGUCAAGCAUUUGUAUGGACUGGAAGGAGGCAGGAAGAACUAUGCAUCCCAUUCAUGUUCUUCUCUUCAAGCAUGUCACCCUCAACCAACUGAGGUGAGAGGCUGCCCAUUCACUUCAACAAGUGCAGAGGAAGUUUCUACAUUAAUCAAGAAAUUUGUCCCACACAGUACAAAUAUUCUGGACAAUGUAUUGAAGGAGGUGGUAUUAGGUAGACCAAGUGCUGCCUGCCAGUUAGUAUCUGCCUCUCAGGUGUUCAUACACAGACAGAGCAGUCAAUCUUGUGAAACUGAAACUUCCAGUAAGGUGGUAAAUAAAUUUGUACCUGAAAGGGAAAUCUUGCAUAAUUCUUUGAACCUCAGUAGUGAAAGAAAAAAAUUUCAGGCUAUAUCUAUGCAUACAAACAAAGAUCAUGAAGAAUGGAAACCAAAACUAAAUUUAUCAGGCAUUGGCAGUAAAGAUUGCAGUAUAAAUGGUGAUGCAAGGGCUGUGAUUAGAUCUGAAAACAUCAAAUAUGACUGCAAGGGUAAAAAAGACUGCAGUUCUUGCCAUAGUUUUGGUACGGGCCCAAAAGCUGGGUCAGAACACCUCAGUGAAAGCAGUGGUAUCAUGCCGUGUGACAUAGAAGAUCUGUAUAGUCUCCUGCCAACCUGCAGUUUCACUAGACCUUCUCAUUACUAUUUGUCUAUGAAGCAGGAACAAGGUGUAAUACAGAGUAAUAAUUGAAUUUGCAGGGGAAGAGGUGCUUGAGCUGGUUCUGUUGUUUUGCUCAUUUAUUGACUAUUCAUAAUGCAUAUACUUUUUUAUGGUGCAUGUUGACACAGGUUUCAUGUGAACCAAAUUUUGUAUACAGUAUAGAGUUAGGCCUUUGUAGUUUUUUGAGAUGAAUAUUUAAAGAUAAAUGGAGAAAUAAGGUAAACUUUCUUCAUAUUUAACUUCCUUUUAAAACAGAGUUUCUAUCUUCCAUCAUUUAAAAAGUUUUUUCUAGUAUCUUGUUUGUAUAAGCUUAAAUGAGAUAUAUUGCUGAGCAUAUAAGUCCAAUACAAAUACUUUUAAAUUAGAUGGUCCCAUAAUUAAAUUUUACUGAAGGUUUGGUGUAUGCAUGUCUUGCUUGCCAAAAUGUAUCCCAGAAUUUUAGAAUCCUGAAUUUAAAAACCUGUUACAGAACUUUGCAUCCGGCUCACAGGAUUGAAUCCUGGUCUGUAUUUGUUAUCCUUCAUGUUAUUUAUGUUUUAUUCAUUGUUGUUUCUUCAUUGAUGCACUUAUUUAUAUGUAAUAUGAAAUAAAAUGGGCUGUCAUAAGGAUUUAAAUUUCAGUGUAAUUGCUACAGUAUCUCGUCUAAUAUGGUAAGGAAUUCAUGUAGUCCAUUAUAUAUGUUAGGUUUCCUUUACAUUUGUGGAAGUAUUUUUUGAAGGUUCACAUCUUCUCCUAACCCUUGUAAAAUGAAGUGUCUGUUACCAAUCAAGAAAAUUAAUUUGUUAGCAGGAACUGGAUGAUAUUUGAUGAGGAUGGAGAUUGUUUUAUCUCAUUGCAUUUAAAGCAGAAUGUUCUGUAAUGCAUUGAGGAGGGUUUGAGAUUGUGGGACUCUGUGCCUUUUUUAUAGUACAAAAGAUAUGUAGACUAUAUAUUUCUAGUAUUGCUCAAUAAUAUAUAUUGGUAUAUUCAUAAUUGUUUGUAUUAAUAUAUGUCCAGAAUCAGUUUUUAUAAAGAAUGAUGUAACAGGGAAAAUAUGCAUUUCUGAUUUGGCUUCUGCAAUUGUAAUAUCUGUGUGUUACUGUCUUUUCCAAAUUCUAUUUAAUUAUAACAAGUACCAAAGAAUCAAUUAAGAUACAA